AUGGUCUUUGCUCAUAAAAGGGUUGUGGCAUGCUGGGAGAAUUUAAAGUCCGGGCGUUAUCUCCAAGGAAAGGAGACAAGGUCACAGUCGGCCAAUAAAGCCUCUCCAGUCUGUCGCCGGGUGGAGAGGAAGAUGUGGCCCCGGAGGAUCUCGGCCCUCGCUCUACUGCUGACUCUGCAUCUCGCCGCUGGCUCCUGGGCCCCAAAGUGCGAGGCCCCCGACGGGAAAUGCGACUUUGUGUGCGACUGCGCCGACUGCAGCGACGAGACGGACUGUGGCUACAGCGGCAGAGGGUUCGCGUGUGACUUUGAGGCCGCGGGGAUGUGCGGCUGGACCGACCAGUCCCUGAACGCACCGCUGUACGGCUGGCAGAGACGUCAGGGGGGAGGGGCCACGCUGCCCCGCAGCGGGCCGUCCUCUGACUUCUCCACCGGGACGGCUACAGGCUGGUUCAUGGGAGUCAGUGCCGUGGCGGCGGGGGGGCCGCCCAGCACCGCGGUGCUCGUGUCCCCAGAGAUGAAACAGUCCUCGCCGACCUGCCGCCUCCGGAUCAGAUACUUCCUGUGGGACUCAGGUCACACGGGUCUGGGCUCCGCGCCCCUGUGGGCGUCCGUCCUUCGCGGGGGUUCUCGGGAGGCCGUCGUGUGGCGCCCCGAGGCCACCGGGGUCCGCGGCUGGAGGGAGGCCACCGUCUUUCUGGGCCGCAUCCCCGCGGGCUUCCGCAUCCAUCUGCGCUCGCGGCGCUCCGAGGGCCGGAUGGGAGACGUGGCGCUGGACCAGCUGGAGUUCCUGGACUGCGCUCUGCCUGUGACUCUCCCCCCGGUGGAGUGUCACUCGGGGAUGACGGCGUGCGCGCGCGGCGGCUGCGUGGAGCCGCGACAGCUCUGCGACGGCAGCGACGACUGCGGGGACGGGACGGAUGAGCAGAACUGUGACGGGUAUCGGGUCUGUGACUUCGAGACGGACCUUUGCGAUUGGGACACGAGGACACUGUCCAACCUGAUAUGGGUCAGGACCAAUCAGGAGAACAUCUCCACUUCGGACCCUUUGAAGGGACCGGGCAGGGAUCACUCCAACAACAGUGCAACAGGUCACUUCCUGUAUGUCACUGUCCCUGAUGGGGGUCUCACCAAUGACUGGGCCUCGUUCCAGAGUGCCAGACUCGAGCCCACCAACAUUACACACCCUUGCAAGAUGGUGAUGUACACUCACCAGUUUGGGCCGAGGUCCGGCGGGCUCACGGUGCUGGUGGCAGACACUGAGAUCUACCCGGUGUGGCAGAGGGGCGGAGCUCUGGGCGACGUCUGGGUGAAGGCCGAGGCGGAGAUUGUCGCCCACACCGAUUUCCAAAUCGUGAUCAUGGCGGCCAUCAGAGACUUCGCGUAUGGAGGCAUCGCCGUCGACAGCAUCGUGUUGUCUCCGGAUUGCCGCUUGUCAUCUGCCAAUCACAGCUGGGCCACGGCACCCAAACCUCCCAAGAACCCGUGUGCUGCCCCGGCCCAGCUGUGUGACUUCCAUGGAGACUGUGAGGGAGCGGAGGACGAGCGCAGAUGUGGGGACUUCUCGUACCCCGAGGGCAGCUCCGGGUGGACCGACGCCAGCAUCGGGGGUCAAGGUUGGGUGCUCCACCGAAAUGUCACAUCUGAAGAGGAGUACCUGUACGUAUCCGAGGCCCCCGGCCAGCAGCUGACCGAGGCCCAGACACGGACCCCCCUCCUGGGCCCCUCGGGCCCCGCCUGCACCCUGAGCUUUGAUUUUGCUCUCACCGGGAACGUGGCUCACAUCGGGGAGCUGUCCGUCAGGAUGGUUGACAGCCUGCUGGGCAUGCGGCCCACACUGUGGGAAUUCAGCGGGAAGACCGCACCGGGAGGGGAGGGGGCGUGGCAACACGUCGACCUGCCUAUCGGAUUCAGACAACAUCGCUUCCAGCUGGCCUUCGAGGCUCACGCUGAGGAGCUUCCUCCCGGCGCCGCCAUCCGGGUGAAGGACGUUCGCUUCCUCGGCUGCCACGCUCAUUAUUUCCCGUCCUCUCCAACAGGGCUGUCCUGUAACUUUGAGCAUGGGCUGUGUGGCUGGUACCAGGACCACAGUGACAACUUCGACUGGGCGCUGCUGGAGGGGAUGGACCACACCAUCGGCGUCGGCCGGAGCCUGGCGGUGGACAUGUGGAGUCCCUCUCUGCGCGGGGCGUUCGGGCGCCUGCUGUCAUUCCCACAGUCGCCCGGUCGUUCAGACCAAUGCCUGUUCUUCUUCUACAAACUCUACGGGCCCAACACAGGUGCUCUGAAUGUGAAGCUGCUGGAUAACCACGGUUACGAGGUCGUCCUCUGGAGCCGCAGCGGCGCUCACGGCAACGUGUGGCACGAGGCGCAAUGCCCGGUUCCACACCAGCUCACGAAGUUCCGGCUGAUGUUCGAAGCGGUCCGCUCUGGUUUCGACGGCCGCGUUGCCAUUGACGACGUGGCGUUCGUGGACGGCCCGUGCACCGUGCCGAGGACGUGUUCCUUUGAAGAACAGCGGUGCGGAUACAGCAGCUCGGGCGGAGUUCGCUGGCUCCACCGCAGCGGACACACCGCCACGCUGACGGGACCCAAGACCGACCACACUCUGGAGACCGAACUGGGUUUCUACAUGAUGGUGAACACCGGGGCCGACAUCCUUCCGUCGGGCGGCAGGUCGGUCCUCGCCUCCCCCGUCCAACAAGGAACCGCCAAGACGGAGUGCGUUAAUUUCUGGUACCACAUGGGCGGAGUGAAUCCUGGUUCUCUGACGGUGUAUAUGGCGCCGGUGAAGGGAGAGAGGGUGAAGGUCUUCUCCCAGAGUCCGAACCACGGAGACGUCUGGCGCCAUGGCAACGGCAACAUCUCCAGUGCCCUUGUGGACUGGCAGCUGGAGUUUGAGGCGGUCGGCGCCGGAGGCAAAAACACUCACAUCGCAGUCGAUGACGUCGUCUUUUCAGCUCACGCGUGUGAGGACCGAGGCUCUCGGUGCAGCCUGGAGAGAGGGAUGUGCAGCUGGAGCAACACACAGAACUCAAACGUGGACCGGCUGGACUGGGAGCUGACGAGCCGGGAGGCGGAGAGCCACUACGUCACCCCGCCGGAGGACCACAGCCUGGGCACAGAGAGAGGUCACUUCCUGUUCCUUCCGAGCAGCAACCGGACGGCGGCCCAGGGGAACGCCCAGUUGCUGAGCCCCCACCUGCCCCCCACCAAGGGCACCUGUCUGAGAUUCUGGGCCUACAAGCCGCACUCGUCGGACAGCGAGCUGAGGGUGUGGAGGUCGUCUGAAGGUCGCCUCCAUCAGCUGCUGCUGGGUGAACUGGGAGGGCCGUGGAGACGCUUCGACAUCGACAUCACGUCCGCUGAGGAAUACCAGAUUGUUCUGGAAGGCAUCAAAGGCUCGUCGGGCGUCGUGGCUCUGGAUGACCUCGAGUACAGCGUCGGAGUCGACUGCGCUAACAAAGUCACGGAUCCGCUCACGAGCUCAUCGAAGCGCGACAACGCCGGAGGGAUCGCGGCGUCCGUGGUCGUGGUCCUGCUGCUGAUCGGCACGCUGAUCGCUCUGCUGGUCUACUACCUGCGGACCAAAGAGGCGAUCCGGACCGGCCCUUCCUCAGCGCAGUCAUCGUCGUCUUCUUCAGCCGUUGCCGGCUUCAGCAAUGACGUGUACGGACCCGACCUCUCGCCGGAUCACGUGAUUAUUCCACCGGUGCAGAACCACCCGAUGGCGGCUGGAUUCAAUAAUGUCACUGUCUCUGCAGGUGUGAGACAGACGGCGGAGGUGUGAUGCAGGUGCAGCGCUGAUCCUGCCACCUCAAGGUGGCUUCGUGAAAAUGAGGCGAUGUCACAGCAGGAGAACUGCUUGUGUCGCCCUUACAUGACACACACACACACACACACACACACAUACACUCUCGCGCACACACUGAAACACUGAAGAAGGCCUAAUCGAUGGAGCUGCCUCAGAUGCGAUGGAGCCAUCGGGGGGUCACAGCCCUCUGCCUGCGGACGGACUGAUGGACGUCCGAUGGAGAGCGCCCGCGGCGUCCUGGACCGAUGUUAGUUCACUUGCCUUUUGAUUGGAGACCGGGCGCGACCCACCAACGGAUGGAUUCAGGAUCCAUUUUGGAAAUGUAUAAACCGGGAGCGUGGAGCUGAUAGAAAGACGCGUGGUUACCAGGCAAUGGAGGGUCUCGUGAAAGACACCAUGGUGCAUUGUGGGAGACGAGCUUGACUGGCAUUAACCUGCUAAAGGUCUAACAAAUCUAUGCUUUUAAUUAUUUGUCUCUCGCGAGACUCGCAAUGUUCUAGAAAGAGAGAGAAGAGAAAGAAAAGAAUGAUGUUAAACCUUUUUUUCAAGUAUAUUUUGAAACAAGCUUAUAGGGAGAGUUGACAUGUACCGCUGUGGUUUGGGAGAUGUUGGUACGACGGAUGUAUUCCAACUUUAAUCCGCUUUAAAACGAUAACUUAAUGACCUGUGAUGAUGAAUUGAUUCAUGUUGAGCAUUUACACAUUGUCGGGAUGCCUUUUGAGAGUAACUUGGACUCUGUGAUAAUUUAAAGGAUUGUAUCAUGAAUCUUAUCAGUAUUUCUUAAUGGGUUCUAGUGGGAAGUAUAACAUCUGGAUGUAGUUCGUAUACUAAUAUGUUUUGAUGUCGAGGCACUGGUGUUGUAAUAAGCUGAACAAUUAAUAUUGAUGAAUAAUACAUUCAGUUAUCUUGAAGGUGUCACCAGGUACAACGAUUAAAACAUAUUUACAUAAUAAAUAAAUACAAAUUAACUCAUGUAACAAACUAAAUUCCUCAAAUGCAUCAGUGUAAACAUUGCAUUCCUGUUUGCCGCGCCAUAACUUUUUUUAAAGUAAUAAUUGUUGUCUGCUUACAAUUAGGAUCCAUGUAUAUCAACAACCCAGAAUUGCGAUGACCUUUAACUGACGCUUUAUUAUGUCCCCUCAAAUAAAUAAAUAAACAGUUGCUUUUCUUUUUCAUCUCUGCAGUUAAAGAGUCUAUUUUAUCUCUUGUAUUCAUCAUCGUUAACCAUGAAUGUGAAACAAUUAAAGAGCAAAGCAUCAGA